AUGGGCUACCUCCUCUACAGCCUCAGUUUCCUCGUCCUCGUAACCGGCACCCUCCUCUUCCUCACCCGCGCCCGCUGGAUCCCAGCCUUCCAAGACGCAUUCCACAGCCUAACCCAGCACCUCCCGGGCGGCGAAUACCUCUACUCGCGACUAGCGCCAGGCUCCUUCGAGGACGACAUCGAAGCCGGCCUGUCGUCGUCCACGUUCGAUUUGACGGGCAAUGUCGAGGGCGGGGAUGGCCGGGCGGGACUGGACGAUGCGGCGAAGAGGGAGGUGUUGCGGAUUAUGAAAAAGAGGCGGCUUAAGUUUGAUGAGGCAAGGCGGGUGUAUAUGGAGCAGCGGUUUCAGGAGAAUGGGAUUGGUGCGGAUGGGAGACCGAGGGACCCGAAGUUUGUCAGCUUUUCGUGA